UAGAACGAACAAAACAGUACACCCUAAAACCACGCGUUUCGCGUUCGGCCAAAAUGAUUUGUUAUUAUCUCGCGAGUAUUCUCUAACUUUACAUUUUAUCAAUUACAAAUCAAGUUAAACAGUGCACAAUUGACAUUUUCUCGGGAGAAAAAUAAAAAUAAAACAAGUGAAAAGCAAACGUAUAGUGUCAAGACCUUUUUUGUGAAGUGAAAAUUGCGUACGAUUGUGAGGAUUGUGAGGAUUGUGAGGAUUGUGAGUGCAGUUUCCGGAGUUUGUGGAUUAUCGAGAAACAAAAAGUGCACGUCAAAAGAGACAUGGAGACAAGGAAAAGCAAGCCAAAGGAAAAGAGGAGGAGCAAUGAAAAGAGGAAGGAAAAGUCGAGGGAUGCAGCCAGGUGCCGGAGAAGUCGGGAAACUGGCAUUUUUAGAGAUUUGGCAAAAGUACUGCCAAUGGCAACUGCUCAGGCUCUCCAUCUCGAUAAAGCGAGUCUCAUGAGAUUGGCAAUUGCAUAUUUAAAACUUCGUGCUCUAAUUGAUGAUGUACCUGCGCCUAUGACAAAAUCGAAAUCGUCGACAGACUUGGACGAAUUUUUCCUCAAAGCUCUUGAUGGUUUUAUGCUGGUUUUAUCCAACAAUGGUGACAUGAUUUACCUCUCCGAAAACGUCAGCAGCUAUCUCGGAAUUUCGCAGUUGGACAUGAUGGGACAGAGUGUUUUCGAGUACAGUCAUCCUUGUGAUCACGAGGAAUUACGAGAGAGUCUCUCUACCAAAAUUUCCGACAAAGAAGAGAAGAAAUCUUGCAAUUUCUUUCUACGUUUAAAAUGCACACUCACAAGCAAAGGCAGGAAAGUCAAUUUGAAAAGUGCAUCUUACAAGAUUAUUCAUUGCACUGGACAGAUAGUUUUGACGUCUCAGAUAAAAAAAUCAUACGACUGUGAAAACGGAAGUGGAAAUGAGUCAAGUGGAGCAGAGGAUGGAAUUGAAAAGGAACAACUGGCUUCAUUGGUCGUGGUUGGAUGUCCGAUUCCACAUCCUAGCAAUAUUGAAGUGCCACUGGGUCAGCAAACAUUUCUCUCCAAACACAGUCUUAAUAUGAAAUUUACUUAUGCCGAUGACAAACUCGGUGAAUAUUUAGGCUGGGACAGCAAUGAAUUAGUGGGCCAGUCCGUGUUCGAUUUUCACCACGCCCAGGAUAAUGGAAUCCUCGAUAAAUCUUUCAAAUCCCUGUUCAGCAAGGGACAAUGCGAAACUGUGGCUUACAGAUUUUUGGGAAAAAAGGGCGGUUAUGCCUGGGUCAUCACUCAAGGAACUCUCAUUUAUUGUUCGAAGCAGCGCAAACCACUCUCUGUCGUCUGCGUCAAUUACAUCAUUAGUGGCUUGGAGUGUGAAAACGAAGUGUACAGCAUUCGCCAAUUGGAGGCGCGAAGCGCUUCGGUAAAAGAAAAUCAGCUUUCGGAAAAGUUGGAUUCAGUUCUUCGUCCUCCACUUUUGGAGGCCGUGGAUCUUUUGGACGGGCCGGUAAUUUUGAAAAGUCCAAUUCGAAAAAUUCAAAGAGGUCCAUCGCAAGUCACGGCUUCCCUCUUCCAAUUCCUGGAUAAAUCGAAAGAGGAGAAGGAAAAUAUCUUUGAGGAGCUGGUUCAAGAGGAAGAAGAGGAAGAAGAGGAAGAGGAGGAAGAGGAAGAGGAGAAAGGUGAAGGUGCUUUUGCUCGUAAACGGGAGUUGAUCCAGCGAAACGAGAUUCAAAAGCAAAACCAGAAUAAUUGUCACGUAAUUCAGGACGAGAACGAGCCUCCAACUCAGAAUAAAUGCAAGGUGGUAUUGGAACCGAUUAAUCGCAGUCGUCCAGUUGCUGAAGUCAUCGGAAAUUGUCGUUAUCCUCUCGCUGGCUCGACUUUUGGAAUAAAUCAGGAUCAGCCAAAUCAAGUUCCGCAAUCAAUUAGCAGAUCGCCACCGCACACAGCAACCGCGAGUAUUUUUGCUCCCCGUACAAAGGACAUGAACAAAGGCUUUCUUACCUUCAGUGAAGAUCAACCUGGCCUCACCAUGUUGAAAGACGAGCCGGAGGAUUUGACCCAUUUGGCGCCAACCGCCGGUGAUGUCUGCGUUCCUCUCGAGGACCCUCCCUUCCUUUCGGAGAUGCUGGACGAAUUUAUCCUCGGAAAUGAAAGCUACUGUCCACUCUUGAGUCCAGAACUUCAGACAGAACUUCCUGUUACCGAUCUUGGAGAAAGCGGCCUCCGAAAUACCGAACAUUCUAUUCUUGGGGAUUCCCUCAAAAGCAGCAACAAGGAUCUCGAUGUCUCACUUCAGGAUCGGGAUCCUUUCAUUUAUCGAGACUCACCUAGUCGAGGGAGUGUCAGCACUGAACUUCACUCACCCACUCUGAGCAGGAGUCCAGAGCGAAGCAUAGACUCACUUUGCAGUCCAAAUGGAAGCGGCAACUUUUCAGAAGACGAAAUGCUAAUGCUGAGCAUAACUGACGUCAUGGCCGAUGACGAAUUGGCUUUGAGAGCUCCGUACAUCCCAAUGUCUGAUCAGGACGAAGCCCUCGAGUUACUUAUCAAUAACGAGAUGGUCAUGUGGGGCCCCACACAGUUAAACGACAGAAAAUCAAAAUGGAUCAUCGAUCCAGAGGAAGAAAAAAGUAGUAAUUCCAGUCUGGCACAACUCUUGAAGAACGAUUCGAGUGGCAGGAAAUUUAAAGAUCAUGGGGGAGGACUCGUCAAUCCUGCACAAGUUCUCGGCCAAAUUCGAGUCAGAGGUAAAGAACAGCUCGACUCGGAUCGCCUCUGCAGCGAGCGUUCAAACAAACGCGUGCACGUCUGCUCUGUGAAGGCCGAGAACGAGUACAAGCGAAUCAAGUGCGAUCAGCGUGACGACAUGGAGGUCCCCCUGAAUGUGAUGUCGGGCCUGCACGAUGGCGGCAGCAGCAGUAGCAGCAGCAGCCAACUUCUUCAGCGUCUCGUGGCGGCAGAUGUUUCGAAAAGUUGGCAGAACCAACUGGAAGCGAGAGUUGAGAACAGCAAGGAAGGCGUUUCUAGCGUAGGUCUUCUUGUUGGUGACGGUGACGGUGAAGGUGACGGUAACGGUGUUGGUGGUGGGGGAAUUCGUUGUGACGAUGCCGGUGGUGGUGGUCAAUGUCAAUAUCAAUAUCAAGUUCAAGGUCAAGGUGACGGUGAUGAUCGCGUAAGAUUUGGAAAAGGGACGGGAUCACAAUCCAGCCAGUCGCAGCAGUCCAACAGCGUUCUCAUGAACCUCCUGGUUUCCGGCUGUGACGUCUUCAAAUGUGGAUUGCGUCCAAAAGAAUUAAUUAUUUGGAACGAUUCAGAAUUUGACAUGAGGAUGCACCCGAUAGAAAUUUUAGAUUCUCAGAUGUUAGGAAGAAGCAAUAGGCUCUCGAGUUUAAAUAUAAACUUGGACGAAAUGCAGAGAAGUCCUCCUCAGUGGUCUCCAGGAAAUUCGUCCUUGGGCCAAAUAAGUCCCAAUACGAGAAGUCAGGACUCAAAUUCAAUUAAUCGAGGUGGCGUGGUGACGAUGACCUGCUUUGAUAGUCUGCCGUUUAUGCAUUUGGUGGAAUGAAUGAACACAAUUUAUAAUAAUAUAACAAAUAACAUUUAUAUAGGAAAAAAAAAUGGGAGAGAUCAUUUUAUCAAUGUUGCCAAUAUUUUAUUUAAGGAAAAAUCGGAACGACUGAAAAAUCUCGACGAAUAACAUUCACUGGAAAAUUGCAGAUAAAGAUACUACUAAUUGAAAUAAAAAUUUCGCGAAAUAAAAUUGCCGACACGGGGCAUUUUAUCAUUCAGAAAUUUUUAAGUGACGGCGAUUUUAUUUCAGGAAUGUUCAAAUUCAGAGAUUUUAAAUUGUCGCUAAUUUUAUUUUAUUUUUUUUAGGGUUUUUUUGAGUCUUCUCGAAAAAAAACCAGAUAAGAAUGGUAGUGAUUGUGGAAUGAUUAUUGAUUUGAAAAUAACAAUCUUAUUUUUAGAAUUUAUAAUAUCAAUUGUAAAGGCUCAUAAUAUUUUUUAUGAAAGCGCGACUUUCAGAGGUUUUUAUUUUUAAUUAUUUUUAAUUAUGUUUAUUUAGUUUGUAAGAAAAAUGUUUUAUAUACAGACAUAUCUGCACGAAAAUCUGCGCGUAAAUGCUUUUAUUUUAGUUUAUCGAAAUGGGCUUCGAAACAGAAGUUUCGAAUUAUCUCAGAUUUUCGACUUUUUGUAUAUUAUCUGUUCCAGCUGUGGUUGUAAAUAAGAAAAAUUAAUUUGUAAUACCAAAUAAAAAUUUCGCAUAACUGUA